AUGGCGGCGCCCAAGGGACAUGCAUUGCUGCACCGGGUUCUGGCGGAGUGCCCAGUGACCAAAGCAAGGGCUUGCGAGUUAAAAUUGCCCCAUGGGCCGGUUAGCACCCCGGUGUUCAUGCCCGUGGGGACCCAGGGCACCAUGAAGGGAGUGACAGCCGACCAGCUGCGGGAUCUGGGCUGUGAGAUUUGCUUGGGAAACACCUAUCACCUCGGGAUGAGGCCGGGUCCUGCAAUUAUGAAGAAGGCGAAUGGCUUGCAUGGUUUUAUGAACUGGAACAGAAACCUUCUUACCGAUAGUGGUGGGUUUCAGAUGGUCUCCCUGGUGGAACUUUCUGAAGUCACAGAGGAAGGGGUACAUUUCAAGUCCCCGUACGAUGGAGAAGAAAUCCUUCUUACACCAGAAAAGUCAAUUGAGAUUCAGAACGCUCUGGGUUCUGAUAUCAUGAUGCAGCUGGAUGAUGUGGUGAGCAGUACAAUUAGCGGCCCUCGGGUGGAGGAAGCCAUGCACAGGUCAGUCCGUUGGUUGGAUCGCUGCAUUGCAGCAAAUAAGAACCCAGAGAAGCAAAACCUGUUCGCCAUUAUUCAGGGGGGACUGGACCCCGAGCUGCGAGAGAAGUGUUUGCAAGAGAUGACCAAACGGGACGUUGCUGGAUUCGCUGUUGGUGGUCUAAGUGGAGGAGAGGAGAAAGACCACUUUUGGAAGAUGGUGACCCUCAGCACAGAUCACUUACCCCGGGACAAACCUCGUUAUCUCAUGGGAGUUGGAUAUGCAACAGACCUUGUGGUGUGCGUCGCUCUAGGUUGUGACAUGUUUGAUUGCGUUUUCCCCACGCGGACAGCUAGGUUCGGAUCAGCGCUGGUCCCGUGGGGCUCCCUACAGCUGAAGAACAAGAUGUUCGCAAAAGACUUCCAGCCUAUAGACAAGAACUGCAACUGCCCCACAUGUCAGCGAUAUUCCCGUGCCUACCUCAAUGCCUUGUUUAAAAAUGACACCGCGGGAAUGCAUCAUAUUACAAUUCAUAACAUUGCCUAUCAGCUGAAUUUGAUGCGAUGUGUGAGAGAGAGCAUAUUACAGGGCCGGUUCCCGCAGUUUGUCCAGGACUUCAUGAAGACCAUGUAUGGCAGUAAAGAAAAAUACCCCCAGUGGGCGGUGGAAGCUCUGGAGUCCGUUAAUAUCACGUUGGAGUGACACCCGCUCUUACUGAACACCCGCUAGCAAGCAGGAGACAUCUUUCCGAAGUCCUCUCCCGAUAUCUGAACAAACGGCUCCUCUUCGCAUCUCGCUGAACUGCAUCUCUGUAUCCACAGGGAGCGUCUCGGGGCAUCUUCUCUAAUGUCUCAUCACAAAAUGAAGAUGGAAACAUGUACGGCGGCUGUUAAUGAUAUUUUAUACUACAACUUUUUAAAAGUAUAUUAUUUCCCAUAAUUUUUAACAAUAAAAGUGGUGCUUUUAUCUUUUUAUUUUAA